UCUAACUUUGCAUACACGACUGCAUCACACCAACAUGCCGCCAAAGAAGAAGGCGGGAAGGCUUACAAAGAGCCAGUCAGCUACUAGGGAAGAGGCGACCAGAAAAACGGGUCGGCCUCGCAAGGCCCGCGAGCUGUCAGACGGAGCGGGAACAGCCAGAUCCAAUGUCGAUCCUCGGGCAGCCACAGCACUAGACAAAGCGUUCCGAGAUAAUAGAUCAGUAACCUUUGACCCCACCUCGGACGAAUAUGCUCCUCAGAGAAAGGCAUCAAGGCAGAAGAACGCGAGGCAUUUGAUACGAUCAUCAUUGACAGGGUCAACCGUAUUGACCAUGACAGUCCUGGAUCGAGUUGAGAUUUUGGCGAAUGUGGCCGGUGAUUGUCUCCUGACCCUCUUGAUGAAUGGGUAUCCACCAAGGAAUAGGAGAGAUAGUGCAGUGGAUGAAGGAAAACUGGCGUGGGAUGGGCUUCAUGCCCUCAAACAAUCAUACAUCUUCUCGCCUUAUUCUCCUCCCUUCCCUCUCCCCGAAGACGUCCUUUCAUCUCUCUCCCCCACUACUUCGGCCUCACUUCGACAGAACCCUCUAGCGCUCAACCGAGCUGUUUACUUGUCGAACCUCGCAACAUUCGUCUGGCUCAUCCUCCGCCCAGACGAAGCGGGGGAUAUCAUGGCCCCUCUUGACGUCGAUGAAGGAAACGACAAAAGGAUCACAAGGAGUCGACAAGGAAUCAAUACGGAAAGAGAGAUUAUUAAGGGAAGAGUGAGAAGAAGGAACGCGUUGAUGGUUGCAGCUUGGAAGAAGUACUGGACGGCUAUCAUUCCAAAAGGACAACAUGGGAAGGAAAUUACUCUUCGGCUCUGGCUAGAUCUCGUCACUCAGAUCGACAUUACAUACCGUUUACAAACCAUCACUUCCUCCACCGAAUCUGAGUUUCUCCCCCAGAUUGAUGAAGUGCUCCAUGAUGAUAUGUUCUCCACCUCUUCCAUCUCCCGCUUCGGCCUCCCUUCUGACCAGGAUACGUCAAAUAGUGAAGGUGACGAAGAUGAGGAGGAUCACAAGCUCUACCUGCAUGAUUUAUGGGGUGAUCUUUGUGUAGAAAGAGAGGAGGAGUUGCCGAAACUGGAGCUGGAAGAAGCCAGGACGGCUUAUCCAUGGGAAGAUUUUCAAAGAGGGAUGCUGAGGUUUGUAAAGGACGAAGUAUUGGGUGAAAGCGGGGAAGAGUCGUUGCUCACGCCGGGACGACGGGGUGUGUUAGCAGGUACCCAAACUCAAAUGAAUCAACCUGCGAGCGAAAGUGAACUUGACAGUGAGCGCGAGGAAAGCCCUGAACCAUCUCAAAUGACAGCCCAAGCUCCCAACUCGCCUCUCCGCUCAUUUGCUGCUCGGCUGGCACGAGAUAAUCCAAAUGCAGGCGACGACCCCAUCGACUUUGAUCUCCUUGAUGAAAUAGCUCGUGAGCUAGCCGCCGAGGAAUCAAACGAAGCCGAUGCUGCAUUUCCCCCCAUUCAUGGCGACCGCAACGGUAAUGGCAAUGGCGAAAAUAACAAUAACCGCAACUCUCCAGAGACUUCAUCCACAUGGGCAAUCAACGAAUCUACCCCGGUUCCUUCCCGUCCAUCCUCUUCACGUCCUCUAUCCCAUGAAAACCAAAGCACGAAGGUGAAGGGAAACGAGAGAAGCCCUCUAAAUCUGUUUGGCAAGAGGUUGAAAAAGAGUGGCUUUGAGUGGAAUAAACGACAGGAAGGGGCAGAGAGGAUCGAGUGGGAGAGCCAGAACCAGAGCCAGAGUCAGGCGUCUACUCCGCGUGCAUCGCGGCAAGCUCAAGAGGAGAUUGGAAAAGCGACUCAAGAGCAAUCUGAAGGGACCCAAAAAGGGAUUGAGCGGACUCUAUACGAAGCGUAUGACCCUUCUGAUCUCUUUCCCGACGCUCGUCAAUUCCAGCCUACCAAUGCUCGACCAGACGAGGCGAAUGAAGAUAAAGGUUAUUUGGAGGAAGACGUUUUGCUUGAUUCUCGCCAGCUUAAUCGUCCUCAGCAGCCUGUUGGAGAAGAGGAAGAGGACUAUCAAGAGGAUAUUAUGCUUGAUGCAAGGCAGUUGGCCGCCAAGCAAGAAAUGGAAGAUGGAGAAGAGGGAUACGAGGAAGAUAAAGAUCUCAUGCCCGACCCUAGGCAAUUUGCUAGAGCGACCCGUUCUCAAUCGAAGGGAACUGAGAAGGCUGAUACUCAUGCUGGAAUGAAGACUGAUGAGGCCGAGAAGAAAAUUGCGGAAGAAGAAGAGGAAAAUGAGGAAGGAGAGGAAGGGCAUGAUUAUAACGAAUUGCUUGGUAGCCUUGAAGGGAGCCCGACAAGUACACAACCAGAACUGCCGGCGCAAACCCCCGCAAGAGAUGGGGACUUCGUUUUCCAUCCCAUCCCUGAUUUCCCGUUUGACGAUCUACCACCCCAAGCGGAGAUGGACGAUUAUGAUGUUGAGGACGUCGCCAGAGCCGAGAGGGAGGCGGAAUUAGAGGCUGAGAAUGCUUGGAAGGGUUCUGAUGACGAUGGUGAUGAUAUAGAUAUUGGCGUCGAGCGGCGCGGGAUGCCAGAAGAGGAGGAAAAGGAAGAGGAUGCGGAAGAGGAAGAGGAAAAGGAGGAGGAAGAGGAAGAGGAGGAGGAGGAGGAAGAGGAAGAGGAGGAGGAAGAGGAGGAGGAGGAAGAAGAGGAGGAGGAGGAAGAAGAGGAGGAGGAGGAAGAAGAGCCUACUCCCAAAGGGAAACGACCUUACUCCUCUGCUUUUGCCUCCAUUUCAUCUUCCGAGGACGACGCUGAUCGUCAGCGUAUACUCUUUCGUCGUCGAAAAUCCUCUGGAACAUUGGCGUCGCAGAAGAAACCGACACAGUCACAGUCCUUGCAGACCGCUCUCUUCUCUCCCCCUACCUCGCCUGACCGUUUCCCUCCGAAUCGUCAAGCUUCUGCCGGACCUGGGCCCUCUACCAUACAUAACCGUCAUGCUGCCGCCCAACCUUCAUCUUCGACCCAAUCACUGGUCCUUGAAAACGAUGAAAACUCUUUCCAGAGGGAAGAUGACAGUGACGUUGCCGCCACAAUCAUCGAUGAGAGAGAUCCAUUCCUUGUCGACGAGGACGGCAACCCUUUAACCCCGAGCGAGGAGUUCACUCUUCCGGAAGAUAGGAAUAAACAAUACGUAUUCUUCGAAUCAAGUUUGCAUGGUCAAACGUCGCAGAAAGGCUCGAGGUAUAUCCGCCUCAGCGGUCCUCGCAGAUGGACUAAAGAAGAAGAACUCUUACUGUGGCGUACUGUACAACGUGUCCCUGCUACGCAAGUUUACCCCCUCCGAGUUGUUUGGUACCUCCACGGUGACGGUGGGCGGCUUAGCGAGAAAUUGAAAUGGUUCAGUGUGCAACAUAUGAAAGAUAAGAUGCGGACGACAGUAACGAGGAGACUUAGGGCGGGCGAGCGCGUAGAAGGGAAUGCGAGAGCUUGGGCGCCGCUAGGAAGUAAGGAGAAGGAGGAUUGGGAUGACGAACAAUGGGAUCGGAUGCAUGGCAGGGCGUUGCUGGCGGUUCAGUUGGAGAGACAGGAGUUUGAGAAAAGAAAGGAAGCGACACGAUUAAGGGAGGAAGAGAGAGAGAGAAGGAAGGAAGAGAAGAAGAGGAAUGAAGAGGAGAAAAGGAGAGAGAAGGAAAGGAAAUUGCAAGAUGAGAAGAGGCUGUUACAAGAGGACAAGAGGAAACGGGAAGAGGAACGGAAAAAGAAGAGGGAGGAGGAAAAGCGAAGGAGAGAGGAAGAGAAACAAAGGAAAAAAGAAGAGAGGGAGAAGAAAGCGAAAACUAAGAAGGGUAAGGGGAGGCAACAUAGCGCAAGUGAAGAUAAAGAGAGUGAAGAAAAUGAGAAUGAAGAGCCGCAGGAAGAGCAGCAGGAAGAGCCGCAGGAAGAGCCACAGGAAGAGCAGCAGGAAGAGCCGCAGGAGGAAAUGGAUGAAUUGGAAUCAAGUGUCGACGGAUCCGAUGGGAACGAAUCUUCCUCAAGUCCCCCGCUUUCCAAACGUCGAGCUACCCGAGCGAAGCCCUCCAAUGACAACCCCGGGCGCAACACCGAGAAGCGUUCAAAAGCCCAAAAGGGCUCUGACGCUGCUGCUACCACACGGUCAUCCUCUCAUACGAAUGCAAAGGGGCCGUCAUCGCGGUCGAAGAGGUUGAUGAUGGAAGCAAGGAAGAGUCAUGCGGCUGCCAAUUCGUCGGAGGAGGAGGACGACGCUCUCGAGAAUGAAGCUGAGCAAAGUACUUCUCAGCCUCCGGCUCGGUCAGCUCAUUUCAAGACUACAGCUGCUCGGAAAACAGCCGGUCAACCGGUCAAACAAAGCCAAGGAGCAGUGACUGUACGAGCUGCUCGUAAAACUACUAGCAGUGCAGAUGGUGGCACCCGCCGACCCGUCAACUCAACCCAUACCUCUAGGUGCUUUUCACCAUCCAAUACUACGAAUCAAUCCACCGCGAAACGUACUCAGUCUGAUCAGGAGGAUAACCUCACUACGGAGAAGGGGGGAAGGUCAGAGCAUGGGUCAGAAUCAGAGAUUGAUGAAUUGCAGCAAGAGCUCGAAUUGGAGUUGGAUUCGGAAUCGGAGGUUUCCCCUCCAGAGUCGAAAGAAGAGAUGGUGGAGGAGGAUACCAUUCAUCCGCUUCUAGCACAGGGCUCGCAUGCGACUGCGGGUUGGCCUGUACAGAUCGACUCUAGCGCUCAGGCCACCCAUGUCUCCGGUACCCAGUAUACAGAUGAUGCGGAGCAGGCCGAAAGGCAAUGAGCAGGUAAGGCGGGAUGUUGGUUUGAAGGUGCGGAAGAUUGAGGCGAAGUGCGAGAAGAUACAAUGUUUCCUUAGUUCACUUAAUGUCACAAUGUCCGGGUUAUUAUGUUUAUGUUAUGGAUAUUGGGUUUUGAAUGGCUGCCGGUCUGAGAUAUUAUACUAUAUGACCUGAUUAGGAACAGC